AGGGUGAGUCAGAGAAAGAAUCUUGGAGAUCAACAAGUCAGGGCAGGAAAGUGCCUACAUAGAACAACUUCCACACACUCGCUGCUCAGCAGGUGGAUUACGGGUUUGUUCAUUGUGUACGCCAAAAACCACCUGUAUGAGGUGGUGCCUAAAUCAUGGCUUGGAAAAGCCAGAGGAGCCCUGAAGUCCGUGUGCAAACUUCCUUACUCCCUUCCUAAGUUUGGCGGUUCAAGUCGUCUUAAGACCACAUCAUGAGUGAGUUGUAGAAGUUGUAGAAGGCCCUUGUCGGAUAGUUAGUUAUCGAUGGCUCGCUCCUCUUUCGUGUCAGUCAGUCAGUCAGUCGCGUCCAGGAGAGUGAACUGGAAACAUCUCUCAACGCUUUAAUGAAUUUUAUGGUUGCAUUCAUCUCAGCUCGUUCCCUCUGUGUGCUUGGUGGUUUCGUGGCUUGGUUAUUUCUCCGAGUGUUGUGAUUCCAUUGAAGGUACUUACUUGCAUGUCGAAGGUGGGAUCAAUGAAACUUGGCCUCUCCCUUCUCCACCUCCUCCUCCUCCUCCUCGUCAUCAUCAUCAUCAUCAUCACAUUCAUUCAGGUUUUGGGUUGUCAAGGACCAACAACAAGCAUUCACCCAAAGAAAAGUGGUGCCAUAUUUCCAUCGCCCCAUGAAUCAAAGUCAGUGACAGUGUAUUGUUGAACCUCGGCAUUCGUCGGUAUUCGGCUCAAAAUCUCUUCGUCAAACCCACCGAAAUUUGUUGGAAAGGAACGUGCUUGCUUGAGGAGCUGGUAAAAACACAGCAAGAAUAAUUGCUUCGUCAGAGUGACUCGGCGAAACGAAAUGUCCUUUAACUGAAACAGACAAAUGGCGACGGUUUGGCACCAAUUCGUCCUCUCCUAAUGCCCUCCUUUGAUUCUCUGGCAGAUCCGGAAAUUCUCGAGCAGAGUUCAAGAGAUCAAGUUGGAGAAAUCCGAGCUCAAGCCAUGAGAAACAUUGAACCAUUGAACACCAAGGUUGUUGGGUAAGAACAGGGUGGUGUCUUGUUCACUUGGGCCUGGAGUCAGGCAGUCAAAGAGGCCAUGCCGGAUUUUAGGGCCAUAUUUUAGGGCCCUUUGAUGCCUGUUUUCGUGAUCAAGAAUCCUCCGUGGUGGUUUGGUGGGACACAGCUUCAAAUGGAGGGAUGCCAUAAAUUCAGAGACAUGACAUUUCGUGAGGGAUUGGUUCGUGAGAACGCAGUUUGCGUUUCGGAUGACGACAUGGACGUAUGAAUUCCGAAUCAUGAUUGAUUUCAUCCUUCAAUCUCAUUGAGAUUCAUUGAAAAGAGUGGAGCUUCCAAACGAUCAAACCCGCAUCAACGAACGAUUGAUAAUCCGAAAAGAGAAAGAAAAAAUACCUAUCGAGGAUAACUGUCGCCCUCCAGGACCCAAACAAGUCCAUUAUUCACCCAUUCAAAAUAGCCAUGGCCACGAGCUCGUAUAUCAGUUCAUGCAUUUGUUGCUCACUUCUAACGGGAUGCAUUUUCACCGGGAUUGUUACUAUGUUCCUCUACUUGGCUGCCUUCGUCAUUGAAGUGUGGUGGAUUAUCGAGGCUGAAGUGCAACUUCCAAUCCCAGCUUACCUUUUAACUCUGAUCUACUUCUUCCUGACGAUUCUGGCCAUCUCCAUGUUGGUGGGACUACGUACCAAGAAGACCCGGCUCGUUUUGGCAUGGAUCAUAUUCUUCCUGUUGUCAGUGAUCCCAGAGGGAGGCAUGGUCCUCUUCAUGUCAGUCUACUCUUGGCAUGGCGGCGUCUAUGGAGUGAUUGAACUGACAAUGUGGGUGUGCCGAACUUUGAUAAGUGUUGUGGGAACCAUGUGCAUCCACUCGCUUUAUUGUGCCUGGAAAGAUGAGAAAUCGGUGCUCCGAUCACUUCAAGAGCUGAACGUGACCAGCGGCGAUUUCCAUCCCCAUGGCAUUGCCGGUGAAUACCAACAGAAGCUGGCCGCCAACUCAACGUUUCUCGGCUAUCAAAAUGAAGGCUUCAACGGAAGCUUUCCAAGUCAUAUCCAUCCGUCGGGAGGAGGUCAACAUUCCGCCUUGGCCAUAACCAAAUACAGCUCGUCCUCGACGUCCGCUAACUCUAAGCCUUCCUAUUCUAAAUCCCUAAAAAGAUCGUCGUCCGCCGCUUCGGGGGGAUUCGUUUCCGCAUCCAGGUUGAGCCUGAAUGAUAUUGGUUUGGCACCCCAACAAUUCAAUCACAUGCCAUUGUCAGAUCAGCUGUCGACUGUCCAGCGUCAGCUGUCAAGAUUGUCAUUGAACAUCACAGAUUCGGGGUACCGGAAGACCGAGUUCGACACGUCCAAGUUCUCGCGUUCUCUCGUGUCCAAAAGUCGUACGCUCUCGCAAUGGGAUCUACCCUCAUUUGGAAUGGACCCUGAUGCUCCAGUGUUCCUUCAAUCGGGAACCUAUGGCAAGGGCGGGCAGUCCAUCAGUGGAAUCCAUCAAAGCCUAUUGUUGUCAGGGGAUCGGAAAACGACUAAGAGUUCACUUCAAUGGUAUCGACCUCGGUCGCUGGUCAAUUUAGAAGACGAUACCUCAUCCAUUUGGUCUGGGAUUGGACAGCCUGUAUCCCAGUAUAACAGCCUAAACCGUCAGAAGCUGUCGAGUCAGUUCCGAGCCCAAUCUCUAGGGGCGUUGAAUUUUGGACAUUUGAACGAAGAGGCCCUACUUCAUGGCAGCGUCGGGCCCUAUUUCCAUUUUCGGCCUGAGGACCGUAGGCCUCGAGACUUUCCCCAGGGGGGAAGUCGAAUAUCACUUGGACAGUACUCGGACCACAUUGACCGAUACCGUGAUGUGGCCCUUUGAUCCAUGAUCCCACUUAGUACACCUAUCUCUAUCUCUCUGUCCAUGAAAAAUAUACCCAUAUUUACCUAGUAGA